AUGGCGGCGUGGCCGGUGGUGCUCAGGAUGCACGUGGACGACUCAGUGUGCGCGAAGAAGACCAGGAAGGCCGUCGAGAAGCUCCGUGGGGUGGAGAGCGUGUGGGCGUCGCCGGAGCAGGGCCUGGUGGUGGUGCACGGGACGGCGGACGCGUGGGCGCUCAGGCGGCGCAUCUGGCGCAAGAUGAAGAGGCGAGCCGAGGUCGUCAGCGACGGCUCGGCGCCUUACCAUUACCCCGGGACGACAGCCGCGCCGCAAUACGGCCCGUCGCAAGCGUACCUCGGCUGGGGCGCGCCGCCGCCGCACGCCUACUACUCCCACCCGCAGCCACCGCCGCACGCCUACUACUCCCACCCACCGCCGCCGGGGUAUACCCCCCAGCGCAAACCCUCCAAAGCCCACGCCAACUCGCUUGCGUUAUCCAGCCCAGCCCACAGCGCAGCCCCGUCCUCCGACCGAAAACCCGAGUGA